ACUAACUAAGCAGCAUUUCCCAUCUACAGUGGCUCCAAAAUGGCUGUCCUGCAUUUCAGUCAAUGUAUAGCGAUGCCACCAUUCUUCGAGAACACUGGAGUAAGAGUCUUAGCCUUAUGUCUCGGUCCUACUGACACUGCAUUAUUGGAGAACUUAGCACCGAAGGCAUAUGACCUUAAGGUCGGGCAAUUUAUGAUGGCUUUCGUUGAGAGUCAGAAUGUUGUGUAUCAAAAACCAGAAUCAGCAGUUAAAGUCUUAGUGGACAUGUACAAAACUGGCCCUCCAGCGUCUUUUUGGUUGUCCUUGGAUAACAAACCUGGCCAAAAUAUUACUCCAACCAUUGAUCGUGCCUUCAAAGAUUUUGAGAAUCUUCUUAUGCCGUCAAAACUGAAGUUAGAAACAUCAGAAGGUGAUUGCACAUACUUUCUUAAAAUGGCAAAGUGGGAGGUCCAGGGAAAGACAUUUUUGAUAACCGGAGGAGCUUCUGGCUUGGGAGCUCUGUACGCUGAGACCUUUCUAAAGAAUGGGGCAAAGAGUGUUGCACUUUUGGAUAUAGCUGUGGAAACUGGCAAAGCAACAACCGAACGUUUAAAUAAUACUUUUGGCAACAAGGUGAUAUUCUUGAAAUGUGACGUGAGCAAGGAGGAAGACAUCGUGAGCGCGUGGGACGCCGUGCUCGCUCAGUUCAAGCAGAUUGACGUCAUCAUCAACAACGCUGGCAUCAUGGUUGACACUCCUAACAUGUGGAGAACUGCAUCCGACGUUAAUUGGCAAGGAUUGGUCUCCUUCUCCUUAAAAGGCAUCAGUCACAUGAGGAAGGAUGAAGGUGGAGCCGGUGGAACCAUUAUCAACAUAUCAUCAACAGCUGCUCUAGGAAAACCUGGUGCAUUGCCUGUCUAUAGUGGCAGCAAAAUGGCUGUUCUACACUUCGGUCAAUGUUUAACAAUGGAACCCUUCUACGACCUCACAGGCAUUAGAAUUCUGACCAAAUGUCUUGGAGCUACCGAUACACCUUUGCUCCACAACCUGGACGCAAGAGCAUACGACCCAAAAGCUGGAAAGGCUUUGGUUGAAACUGUAAAAACUGACGGAGUCAUUUUCCAGAAACCUGAGUCAGCAGCUGCAGCUUCACUUUACAUGUUCCAAAAUGGAGCUCCGGGUUCCGUCUGGUUGGUUAACAACAACAACCCGGCUAAGGACAUAACCCCAGUCAUUGACAGCGCCUAUGCGGCUUUCGAAAAAGUUAUGAUGGAAUAGAAAUUUCAAAUUAAUGUUUUACCUACCUAAUUAAUUAAGUAAACCAAUAGAUGUAAAAUUAUAAUGAUUGUUAAGUCUAAUUUCUAAGUGCAAAAUAA